AUGGGAGAUAGAACCGUGUCAACCUCUACCAUCAAGGUUGUUUCUAGAAAGUCCUUGUGCUGUUUCUUCGCAAUGACAACGUUGUUGUUCGUGUUGUCAUGGUUGUUCAUUCUGCGUUCCACCAGUUCCACUCAUCAAAAUCCAACCCUUUUCUCUUCCUUUAGUGACUCAGAUUCUGAUCAGGUGCGUGACAAAACCGUGGAACCCUCAUUUAGCAAUAGAGCAAUACUCGUGGACAACGAAAAAGAAGAUGAGAAACAACUACAAGAACCUAAAGAAGAAAAAGGUGUGAAUUGCAUGGCACGUGACAAAACUCUUCUGAAAGUUUUCAUGCAUGAUUUGCCUUCUGAGUUCCAUUUUGGACUUUUGGAUUGGAAACCUGAAGGAAACAGUGUUUGGCCAGAUAUAAGAACUAAAAUACCCAGUUACCCUGGAGGGUUGAAUUUGCAGCAUAGUAUAGAGUAUUGGCUUACUUUGGAUCUUCUUGCGUCAGAACUACCUGAAGGCUCCAGUGCUAGGAGUGUAAUUAGAGUUAGAAACUCAAGUGAAUCUGAUGUUAUUUUUGUGCCAUUCUUUUCUUCUUUGAGUUAUAACCGGUGCUCAAGAACUAGUCCACAUGAAAAGAAGAGCAAGAACAAGGUGUUGCAAGAUAAGUUGGUGAAGUAUUUGACAGCUCAAGGGGAAUGGAAGAGAUCAGGGGGAAGGGACCAUGUGAUCUUGGCUCAUCAUCCAAAUAGUAUGUCGGAUGCGAGAAUGAAGUUGUGGCCUGCUACCUUCAUACUCUCAGAUUUUGGGAGGUACCCUCCCAACAUAGCCAAUGUUGAGAAAGAUGUGAUUGCACCUUAUAAACAUGUAGUUGCACCCUAUGUCAAUGAUCAAUCCACCUUUGAUAGCCGUCCAUUAUUGCUCUACUUUCAAGGAGCAAUACAUAGAAAAGAUGGAGGUCAUGUACGGCAAGAACUAUUUAAUCUUUUAAAACAUGAAAAAGAUGUGCAUUUUUCAUUUGGGAGUGUUAAAAAAGGUGGAGUAAAAAAGGCCACUGAAGGCAUGCGAUCUUCCAAGUUCUGCCUCAACAUAGCUGGUGACACCCCUUCAUCAAACCGCUUGUUUGAUGCAAUUACUAGCCACUGUGUUCCUGUUAUCAUCAGUGAUGAAAUUGAGUUGCCAUAUGAGGAUGUGCUUGACUACUCUCAAUUUUGCAUAUUUGUUCGUACAAAGGAUGCUCUCAAAAAGAAGUUUCUGAUAAACUUCAUUAGGAGUAUUGACAAGGAUGAGUGGACUAGAAUGUGGAACAUGUUGAAAGAGGUUCAAAGUUUCUUUGAGUUUCAGUUCCCAUCUAGGGAAGGUGAUGCUGUCCAAAUGAUUUGGCAAGCUGUUGCACGUAAGGUUCCUUUCAUGAAAUUGAAAACAAACAGGUCUAGAAGGUUUUUCAGGUCUCUCUAUGGUACUAAAUUUUUGUGA